AUGACCCAUAAAAGACUGAGAGUUAAGAGACCUGAUGAGAUUGGCGUUUUUACCCCUAUUAAGGCCGCUACACAAGACGCUAAAAGUGAAGUUAUUCAGAUUCAAGCGCUAAUGAAGACUUCUAAAGCUCCCUUUCCGCCAAUCAGCAAAAUUCAGCAGCACUUUGAGCAGUAUGGAAAAGUUGUGGAGGUAAUCAGGACAACAUUUCCUACCGCGAAGGUUUUUUUCCGAACUGUCAAAGAAGCCGAAAUAGCUCUAACAGCACCAGAGCAUGUCAUAAAUGGGUGCAAAUUUCAACUUAUCUCCUGCAAACGUCGGAAUCUAUGUAUCUAUUUCAAAACAUUGGAUAAGGAAACCAAGGCUCCGACUCCUUCAAGUCAAGCUCUGCAGGAGCACUUCGAAAGAUUUGGUAAUAUUAAAUCAUUCAGUAGGAAUCAUAAUAAAAGGAUCGGCUUCGUUACCUUUGAGACCAGUGAAGGAGCACGUAAGGUAAUAUCGACCUCACAGCAUUUCGUGGAUGAAUGCGAACUCAAGGUUACUAUUUCGAAAAGUGACCCAUUUAAACAAAGUGUUCGAAUGAAAGGUUCUUUGCCCAAAGAAGGAACUCGAGAAAAAGUCUUGAAGUUUCAGGCUUAUCCAAGAAAAUCGAAUGCUCCCUGUCCACCUCCCAAGGUUAUUGAACGAUAUUUUCGGAAUCUCGGGCGACUGUUAGAUUUCCAAUGGCAUCCCCAAAGCUGUUCAGGUCUUUUAACCUUUCCCAGUCUCGAUUCAGAUCGAAUAGCAUUUUAUUAUCCAAAGCACCUGAUCGAUGGAUGCAUAAUAACUCUCAGUCCCUGCAAAGGACGUUCUGUGUGA